UAGAAGUUUUUGUUGGUUUCUAGAGCACUUGAUGAGACAUGACGAGAGUUGCUUUAAUGUUUUCUUUCAUUUGACAAAGUUAUGUAUUCCUAAUUUGUGCCAUGUUUAUUAAUUAAUUAAAAUAUCAAAAAAUCAUUUGAAAACUCGAAACAUUAUUUUAUCAAUGAAGAAAAGAAAUAAAGUUCCUCAACAGUGUACAAUCGACAAAGCCUUGAUACACGCCAAUUCCAAGUAAACAAAAAAAAAAAAAAUAAUAAUAUACUCACAAAUUCCAGUCUGUCUGUAUUGAAGAAACAAAAGAAUGGUUCCAUGGAGGAAAUCCUGAAAAACGAUACAUCAACUUCUAAGGAUGUCCUGUGCUCAGGAUGCCUAAAUCAAAUUGCUGAAAAUGAAUACAAGACUGCAUUGGGUCAGCAUUGGCAUCCGGAAUGCUUUCGCUGUUCGGUCUGCGAUAAUCAACUAUCAAGUUGGUAUUUCGAGAGGAAUGGUUUGCUUUUUUGCAAGGACGACUAUUGGACGCAAUUUGGACAAUCUUGUCAGCAGUGCAAUGUAAUAAUUACAGGCCCUGUGAUGGUUGCUGGUGACCAUAAAUUCCAUCCAGAAUGUUUUUUGUGCCAGCAUUGUGGCACUUAUAUUGGAGACGGAGAUACAUAUGCGCUGAUUGAAAGGUCAAAAUUGUUCUGUGGGCAUUGCUAUAAGGAACAAGUUAGUGAACUUAGUACAAAUUCACAGCAAAUCAAUCAACAACAACCGUCGGGUGAUAUAAAUACCACCUGUCAACCAUUACAUUCCAUUCGAUUGAUAAAAAUUCCAUGGUCGGAUGCGUCCAAGUCUAUGUUGCGAUUGACGACGGAUCAUGACAACAAUAGCCAUCAAUUUUCUACCGAAGGUGAUGAAGUUUGCUGCCGUGCUGUCAGGAUAUCAGAUUGUAUAUGUAGGAUAUUGGGCCAAGUUGGAAAAUAUGUUUUCUCCUUGAUAACUUCAGCAAAAAAUUCCCUCAAUGGACUCCAUAGUCAUAGAAUUGACCUGCAUCCGGAAGUAGAAAACGUUCAUAUUGGUGAUCGAAUUCUCGAAGUAAAUGGUACACCGGUACGCAACACUUCCAUUGAACACAUUGACAAUCUCAUUCGGAGUACAGACAAAAUACUCCAACUGACCGUAGAACACGAUCCCAAAGACUUGAAUCGUAACAAUAACAACAACAAUAACGACUAUGAGACACAACGAAAAAAUUAUCUACAAAUAUCUGCAAAACCUGAAUCAUCACCACGGCUAACAAAAGAAGACAAAGAAAGAUUGUUUCAGAAAAAAGACGAAGGCUAUAUGAGUGGCCUCAAAACGCGUUUACUUAAAAACAGAAAAAAUAAUCUCAUUCCGUUUGAUUCGUCAGAAAAACUCAACUCAUGCAGUUUGAAUCAAAAAGAACGCAGUUCAAGUAUGUCCAAGCUCUUGGAUGAAAAUCAUCAACCUAAUAAUGAAAUUUACGAUUUGUCCAGAACCAAAUCUUUUCGAAUAGAGCACAAUCAACAAAGAAUUUUCCGAGCAUCGGACCUGGUGCAGGGUGAACUUCUUGGAAAAGGCUUUUUUGGACAAGUUUUUAAGGUUACUCAUAAGAUAACUAAAGAGGUAAUGGUGUUGAAAGAACUUUAUCGAGUGGAUGAAGAGGCACAACGGAAUUUUUUGAAAGAAGUUGCUGUCUUAAGAUCGUUAAAUCAUGAAAAUGUGUUAAAAUUCAUUGGAGUUUUGUACAAGGAGAAAAAGCUUCAUUUGGUAACGGAAUAUAUUGCUGGUGGCUCACUUAAAGAACUCAUUCAUGAUUCACAAUGCCCUUUGGGAUGGGAACAGAGAAUUUCAUUUGCCAAGGAUAUUGCUUGUGGAAUGACCUAUUUGCAUUCCAAAAACAUUAUACAUAGAGAUUUGAAUUCACUUAAUUGCCUUGUUAGAGACGAUAUGUCAGUUAUUGUUGCAGAUUUCGGUCUAGCCAGGAUAAUUACAUCGCCAUCGUUUGGUACAUUUGAACGAUGUUCAAGUUCAUCUGGGAAAACUGGUUCGAUUGGUAGAAAUCGAAGUCGUCAGAGAAGGCAAAGAUACACAGUGGUGGGUAAUCCUUAUUGGAUGGCACCGGAGAUGAUGAAAGGAAAUAAAUAUGAUGAACGAGUUGAUAUUUUCUCAUUUGGAAUAAUAUUGUGUGAGAUAAUAGGACGUGUUGAAGCUGAUCCUGAUUUCUUGCCAAGAACUUCUGAUUUCGGACUAAAUAAGCAGGUUUUUAUGGAGAAAUUCUGCCAGCAGUGUCCAGAGACAUUUUAUAAAAUAACUUUUUUGUGCUGUGACCUGAAUCCAGAUAAAAGACCUCCAUUCGAAGUCCUUGGAUUUUGGCUGCAGUUCUUAUACAAACUUAUAUCAAAUGGCCAACCCAUACCACCAAAUCUGGUAGACGAAGUUGAUCAAUUUAAAAUGCAAUCCUCAAGAGACUCUAGCCAAACGUCCACCCCAGAUGGACUGUUAUCGCCCAAAUCGAAUCUCAGUAAUGACAAUUUGUUUGCUGAAAAGAGUAAACUUGCAAACGAUUGUGAUAAAAUAAUAAAAGAAGAACAAACAACAGCAGCGCAAUCACAACCCGUAUUCUUGCCAAAAAGCAUUCCCAAAUCGCCUCACUUAGGCAAAGAUUUCUCACCAAAUGGCGAAAGAAUUCGUGGAAGUAUAAGAGAAAGACGACAGCAAAAGAUGUUGAAAGAACAAAAUAGUAGUUGCAGUCCGAAUCGUUUUUUAAAGAGAAACUCAGAAGGCGAGGGUGAGCUUAAUGAAAUUGCAAAUUUACCGUCCGAAGGAACACUCAAAACUGACAGAGUUUUGGAAGCUGUCCGAUGCGCAUUGGAAGAUGAUAAUACUCUCCUUAAAAGGUCAAAAUGCAAAAGUGAUAUAAUUGGCGAAAAGGGUUUUCUAAUUCACAAAGAAGAAAACGGUAUGCUGACUCUAAACAGUGUAACAGAUCUGACUGAAUGUUCGGAUAGCUAUGAUACCAGCUGCGACACAAGCUUAGAUUUUAUCGAGGCUAAUAGUAGUUGGGUUCCGUCUUCAUCAAAACUAUUAGAUAACAAUGUAAUCUCGUCCCAGCCGCAAUCUCAACCUCAAAUUGAAGAGAACGAAAAUGAAAAAAUUGAAAACACAAAAAUGCAAGUAAAGAAAACCACAGCACAAAAAUCUUAUCAAAUGGCCUUGGAUGACAUCAGAGCAAAAUUGAAUUUGUGCAAGUCUAAAUUUGAGACAUUAGACGAAGCCAAUCGCAAUAACAUUUCAAAGUCGCAAAACUCAAUGAAAGUGUUCUUUAAAAAUCGUGAAGCAAGAGAUGAUUCUCCGCUCAAAAUGUACAAUAAGCAUGUUUCAGACUCUAAAGCUUAUAGAGUGAAUGAGACUCCCAUCUUCGGAAGGCACAAAUUUUCCACCCAAGUUGUUCUUAAACAUGCGGAUUCAGAUGAAAAUAUAUCUUCACAAACAAUAUCUAUGCCAGAAAAACCUGCAACAAAACGAUUCAGUUAUUUGAGAAGGAAAAUGACUCCUGCAAUCAGCAGCCCGCCGGAAGUUAAAACUCCAUCUGCCAGUAGAUCUCUAUGGAAGAAAUUCGAGAGCCAGUCUUCAUCUCCAAGCAAAGAAUCAUCUUUCAGCAGUCGAUUUAAUUUGCGUAAGACAGAACAAACAAAAAAGUUGCCAUCAGAAGUGAAGAGUGAAAAUGUGAAAAAAUCAAAUGUGAAUAAGGUGACAAUCUUAUCACCAGAGGCUGUACGCAAGCUGAAUGUUAAACUGGUGGAACAAAAGAAUUCAGCACAAAAAAACAUUCCAAUUAAUAAUAAAAAACGGUAUACUGAAGCCAGCAGAGCACCACCCAUGACUGAGGGUAGUCAAAGUAAAUGUCUACCUUCGCAGUUAGGCAAGACUAAAUGUUCAAUUCAAAAAGAUAUUCCCACGAUUCAUCAGAGUCGUAAAAAGAACCUCAAUACAAAAGUUGAAGGAAAAUAGGUUAUUAUUAUUAUUAUUAUUGUUGAUUACUUAAAAAUUAGCAUUGAAAAUUGUACAAAUGUAGCUUUUACUUUAUCGCUUUUUUAAUUAACCCAUAUAUAUUUUGUAAAUUUAAAAAUGAAGAAAACAAAAAUGUUAUAAAAUGAUUCAACUAAUAUUUGCUCAAAAGAAAAAAAAAACAAAACAGGAUUAUACCUAAUUUACUUAAGUUUUGAAGACAUUAUUUACAUUAUUGUAUAGUGUACAUAAAUAAAUUUACAAUAUGUAUAGCAAUUCGGUAUUAUAGAAGAAAAAAAAAUCAAAUAAGUGCCAAAAACUAAAUAAAAAA